GGGACCAUGGGGUCGCCGCUGGGGCUUCUGGCACUGCUGCUGCUGUGGGGCGCUGUGGCCGAGGGCCCCGCCAAGAAAGUGCUGACCCUGGAGGGGGACCUGGUGCUGGGGGGGCUGUUCCCGGUACACCAGAAAGGCAGCCCCACCGAGGAGUGUGGCCCUGUCAACGAGCAUCGCGGUAUCCAGCGGCUCGAAGCCAUGCUUUUCGCACUGGACCGCAUCAACCGCGACCCGCGCCUGCUGCCCGGCGUGCGCCUGGGCGCGCACAUCCUGGACAGCUGCUCCAAAGAUACAUACGCGCUGGAGCAGGCGCUCGACUUCGUGCGCGCCUCACUCAGCAGGGGCGCCGACGGCUCGCGCCACAUCUGCCCCGACGGCUCUUACGCCACCCAUGGCGAUGCGCCCACAGCCAUCACCGGAGUCAUUGGCGGCUCCUACAGCGAUGUCUCCAUCCAGGUCGCCAACCUCCUGCGGCUCUUUCAGAUCCCUCAGAUCAGCUAUGCCUCCACCAGCGCCAAGCUGAGUGACAAGUCCCGCUAUGACUACUUUGCCCGAACUGUGCCCCCUGACUUCUUCCAGGCCAAGGCCAUGGCCGAGAUUCUUCGCUUUUUCAACUGGACCUAUGUGUCCACUGUGGCAUCCGAGGGUGACUAUGGUGAAACAGGCAUUGAAGCCUUUGAGUUGGAGGCCCGUGCCCGCAAUAUCUGCGUGGCGACCUCAGAGAAGGUGGGUCGAGCCAUGAACCGCGCGGCCUUCGAGGGUGUGGUGCGAGCCCUGCUGCAGAAGCCCAGCGCCCGCGUGGCUGUCCUGUUCACGCGCUCCGAGGAUGCCCGUGAGCUCCUGGCGGCCACCCAGCGCCUCAACGCCAGCUUCAUCUGGGUGGCCAGUGAUGGCUGGGGGGCCCUGGAGAGUGUGGUAGCCGGCAGUGAAAGGGCUGCCGAGGGUGCCAUCACCAUCGAGCUGGCCUCCUACCCCAUCGGUGAUUUUGCCUCCUACUUCCGGAGCCUGGACCCCUGGAACAACAGCCGGAAUCCCUGGUUCCGCGAGUUCUGGGAGCAGAGGUUCCGCUGCAGCUUCCGACAGCGUGACUGUGCCACCCACUCACUGCGGGCCGUGCCCUUCGAGCAGGAAUCCAAGAUCAUGUUUGUGGUCAACGCAGUGUAUGCCAUGGCCCACGCACUGCACAACAUGCACAGGGCCCUCUGCCCCAACACCACCCGCCUCUGUGAUGCCAUGAGGCCGGUCAACGGGCGUCGUCUCUACAAGGACUUCAUCCUCAACGUCAAGUUCGAUGCCCCAUUCCGCCCAGCAGACACCCACAGUGAGGUUCGCUUCGACCGCUUCGGUGAUGGUAUCGGUCGCUACAAUAUUUUCACCUACCUGAGGGCAGGCAAUGGGCGCUAUCGCUACCAGAAGGUGGGCUACUGGGCAGAAGGCCUCACCCUGGACACCAGCCUCAUCCCGUGGGCCUCACCCUCUGUUGGCCCGCUGCCCUCCUCUCGCUGCAGUGAGCCCUGCUUGCAGAAUGAGGUGAAGAGUGUGCAGCCGGGGGAGGUGUGCUGCUGGCUCUGCAUGCCCUGCCAGCCCUACGAGUACCGGCUGGACGAGUUCACCUGCGCCGACUGUGGCCUGGGCUACUGGCCCAACGCCAGCCUGACGGGCUGCUUCGAGCUGCCCCAGGAGUAUAUUCGCUGGGGCGAUGCCUGGGCUGUGGGGCCAGUCACCAUCGCUUGCCUCGGGGCCCUAGCCACCCUCUUCGUGCUGGGUGUCUUUGUCCGUCAUAAUGCCACCCCUGUGGUCAAGGCCUCAGGCCGGGAGCUCUGCUAUAUCUUGCUGGGCGGUGUCUUCCUCUGCUACUGUAUGACCUUCAUCUUCAUUGCCAAACCAUCCACAGUGGUGUGCACCUUACGGCGCCUGGGUUUGGGCACCGCCUUCUCCGUCUGCUACUCAGCCCUGCUCACCAAAACCAACCGCAUCGCUCGUAUCUUCGGCGGGGCCCGUGAGGGAGCCCAGCGGCCACGUUUCAUCAGUCCUGCCUCCCAAGUGGCCAUCUGCCUGGCACUCAUCUCGGGUCAACUGCUCAUUGUCACUGCCUGGCUGGUGGUGGAGGCGCCAGGCACGGGCAAAGAGACCGCCCCUGAACGGCGGGAGGUAGUGACACUGCGCUGCAACCAUCGCGACGCCAGCAUGCUGGGCUCACUGGCCUACAACGUGCUGCUCAUCGCACUCUGCACGCUCUAUGCCUUCAAGACUCGCAAAUGCCCCGAGAAUUUCAACGAGGCCAAGUUCAUUGGCUUCACCAUGUACACGACCUGCAUCAUCUGGCUGGCCUUCCUGCCCAUCUUCUACGUCACCUCCAGUGACUACCGGGUGCAGACCACCACCAUGUGUGUGUCCGUCAGCCUCAGCGGCUCGGUGGUGCUCGGCUGUCUCUUCGCCCCCAAGCUGCACAUCAUCCUUUUCCAGCCGCAGAAGAAUGUGGUGACCCACCGUGCGCCCACCAGCCGCUUCGGCAGCGCAGCCGCCAGGGGCAGCUCCAGUCAGGCCCAAGGUUCCGGCUCCCAGUUUGUCCCCACUGUCUGCAACGGCCGUGAGGUGGUGGACACGACAACGUCGCUGUGAGGACCCACCUGCUCGCCACAGCUGCUCCCCGCACCUGUGCCAGCGAGCCCCGAGGCCAGGAGGAGGAGGGCUGGAGCACUGCAAUAAUGCCAACCCCGCGGGCCCCCGACUAUCCAUCUCCCUCAAACCCUUCAGUCAGAAGUCAGAGUCCUUGUCACAGAGCCUCUGCCAAGGCCACCAGCUGCCCUUGAAGCCGGGUCCCCGCCAAGCCAGGGUACACUGCCCUGGACCGAGGCGUGGGCGGCUGAGGACUGCAGAGCUCUCCACCUCCCAUCAGAACGGUGCUUCCAGCCCUGCCCCCCUCCUACUAGGGCCUUUUUAAUUUUUUUAUAUGUUAUUCUGGGAUGGGGAGGGGGGUAACUAUGGGGCCACCCUCCCCCGGCACACUAGUCUGUCCUGUGGUUUAUUUUGUAUUUUCUGUAAAUAAAGUGUCUUUAGUAAAAAAAAGUAAUUCUCUGCCCGUGGCCCAGGGAGGUCCUUGCAGGUCUCCCACUGUUGAUUUCCGCCGCUGUGUGUA